GCAGAGGGACCGGCUGCCGGCCAGGCCAUGCCUCGCGGGCCGCGGCGUCCGCUCGGGCCCGGGCUCUGGCUCUGGCUCGGGCUCUGGCUCGGGCUCGUGCUGCUGCUGCCGCCCCCGGGCGCGCAGGGACACGACGGCCGUGCGAGGCCGAGCGACAGGGCAGAGGAAGCGGGCUCGGGCCGGGCCUGGACGGCCUUCCAGGGCCUGCGGGAGCGGCUGCGGGCGGCCGGCGCCCUCUCCAGGCGCUACUGGGCGCUCUUCCGCUGCCGCGUUUGGCCCGAGGACUGUGGGGAGGAGGGGGAGGCGCCGGCGCGGCCCCUGGGCUGGAGCCUUCCCCUGCUGGGCCAGCAGUAUCUGGAUAUCCUGACGACGUGGUACUGCAGCUUCCAGGACUGCUGCGACAGUGGGGAUUGCAGGAUCGUCAACAACUUCACAGGCCUCGAGACUGACCUGCGUGUGCGACUGCAUGGCCAGCACCUGGCCCGGGAGCUGGUCCUGACGGCAGUGAGGAGCUACUUAGAGCUGCCCCGGCCAGACAAGGCCCUGGCUCUGUCGUUCCACGGCUGGUCUGGCACAGGCAAGAACUUCGUGGCGCGGAUGCUGGCGGAGAACCUGUACCGGGAUGGGCUGAGGAGCAACUGCGUCCAGGUGUUCAUCGCUACGUUGCACUUCCCUCACCCCAAGUAUGUGGACCUGUACAAGGAGCAGCUGACAGGCCAGAUCAGGAAGACGCAGGAGCACUGCCACCAGACCCUGUUCAUUUUAGAUGAGGCUGAGAAGCUGCACCCGGAACUGCUGGAGGCCCUCCGGCCACACCUGGAACACCAGGCCCCCACGAACCCCAGGCCCGAGUGCCCCAGAACCAUCUUUGUUUUUCUCAGCAACCUUGGAGGCAAUAUCAUCAAUGAAGUGGUCCUGAAUCUGCUUAAGGCCGGAUGGUCUCGGGAAGAAAUCAGUAUGGAACACUUGAAGUCCCACCUCCAGGCUGAGAUUGUGGAAUCCACAGACAGCGGCUUUGGGCACAGCCGUCUUGUGAAAGAAAACCUGAUCGACUUCUUCAUCCCCUUCCUGCCACUGGAGUACCGUCACGUGAGGCUGUGUGCACGCGAUGCCUUCCUGAGCCAGGAGCUCCUGUACACGGAAGAGGCACUGGAUGAAAUUGCCAAGAUGAUGGUGUACGUCCCCAAGGAGGAACAACUUUUCUCUUCUCAGGGAUGCAAAUCUAUUUCCCAGAGAAUUAACUAUUUCCUGCCUUGAGGGCUAGAUGGAAACGUCUCAGGAAAGCUUAGCUGCCUUCCUUCCACUAACAGGACCCCGUCAGCACACUGUCCAGGACCUUAAGGGCAGGCUAGCCUCCAGCAGUCCACAAGUGAUAUGUAAAAGGAAGGCUUUAAACCAGAGCAGAGCCAAUUCUUAAAAUCACAUGGUGCCUUAAAAAAGAAAUAUUCCAAAAUAUGGGCCAGGUGGUUGGAGAAAGCCACGUGGGAGAUAAAUCCCAAGGAUUUAUUAGCAUCUCAGCUCUUGCCGGCAGUCUCCUGGACUUGGGUGAUGGGCCCGAGGCUGCAGUAUCUUCGGUGAUAGGGAAGGGGAGAAUGAAGCUCUGCUUACCAGUGGCAGGGAAGACACCUCGAGUCCGCGGGCUGGGUGGGCCAGCUUUCCAGUUGUUAUUCCCAGAGGGAAGCUGAACAGCUCCUACCUGAGAGAUCAGCAGAGCCUCAGACUGAAGGAAAAAGUGCACAGGGGAAGUUUGUUUGUUUUAAAUCAAAUCAGUGUAGCCUGAGACUUGUUCUGCUCUGCAGAUUUAAAAAAGAAUUGUUUUUCUGAGUUAGGGAUCUUGACAUGAUUGUGUCAUAUGCAAAGAUUAAAAUUUUGUAUUUUUCUAAAA